AUGCCGAAAGCGCGGCAAGUUACUUCGUCAGAGCCCUCAGAAGAGGAGUCGGAUCAGCAGUACAAUGUUGAGCUCGUCACAAAGGCUCGCGUGGAUAAGAAUAAGAAAUGGGAAUUCUGGGUCAAGUGGGAAAAUUAUCCUUGGGGUGAUAACACUUGGGAACCAGAGGAGAAUUUACGGUUAACUUGCAACCGCCUCCUCAACAGUUUUUGGGAUCAUGUUGGAAGAGACCAUAAGGGUCUCCCCAAAGGUUAUGUCUUGGAAGCUAAAAAAAGCUGGGUUGCGGCAGAGCAGGCGUACUUUAGGAAGAUGAUGGGUGGUAACGAAGAAUCCCAGAGUCAGAAGGAUAGUUCUGAGUCUGAAAACGAGCAGACGCGGGGGCGUAACAAAAGAGCACGAUCGCGCACAACAUCACCACCCACUUCAAGGGAACGCAAGAAGAAGAAAAGGGUGAAGACUACAACAGAACGGAAAAACAAACAACACACUGAGAGCGCAGAUGAAACCGACAUAUCGGACGAUCUACCUUUAACUAGCAGACCUCGGAAACGCGCUAAACCGAGCGCUGGUGUGUCUGAUUCAACCGAGAAGCCUCCUCGUAAAAUUCCCAAGGUAAGCCGAUCCCUCCAGGACGAACGUAGUACACCAUCGACGUCGAUCAAGGGUAAGGGAAAAGAGAAGAUACAGUUGUCUGUCCAGACAAGCCACCUGGACUCUGACGUGGAGGAUUCUCUCUUUUCCUCGCCUUCCUCCCCAGACGUCUCACUCAGCGCAAAAAUCCUGCUGCCUGAAUCCUCUGCUCGGGUUGCUGGUGGAGAAAAGCCGAUUCUGCCAUCGAAGGAUAUCUCACGAAAGCCUCAGGAGCGGCGAGGUAUCAAAGAGCUGCCCAUAGAAUUGAAGGACACAGGAGCUGGUGGUAUCUCUACAAAAUUGCGGCUUGCUCGUGGCCUCACCUCAAGUCGAGCUCAACCAUCCAUCCCCCCUGCGCAAAAACAGAAGAGUGCCUUGGCGGGGCUAAGUUUCAGAAAGACAUCGCUCGGAAAUAAUAUCUUGACCCCAACUGCAGAGAGUCCAACAGCGGGGCAAAUGCCUUCCAUCUCCAGACCCUCGCUCAGGAUCAAUCCAACCAAGCCAGCAGCCUCACCUUCAGUUGUCUCUCCAAUUGUGCAAUCUCCUUUCUCUGCUCAAAGCAGUCACAACGACUUUCCGGCAGCGGGGUUUUCACCAACAGAAUCGAUCUCUCAUACGGAGGCUUCUCAGCCUGGUCCGGUUGCCCCUUCGCACAGACGUCCUCUUCCACUUCCUCGCCGGUCUGUUGCAAUGCCAUCCGUACCACAACCACCUUCUGUACCACUGCCGACGGUUGAACCAACUGCGGAAGUGGACCAGUUUCUGUCGACUAUCAUGCCUCCUGAACUUGCCGCACCUUUACAGGAAACCAACGGGGAGGAUACUCUGCCACUGGUGCGAGCCUCAACCAACACGAUCGCUACAACAAAGCAACCAUCUAUUGGCAGGAUCCCCAAGAAGUGGAAGUGGUCCGGAGAACUAUUCCUGGAUAUAAAUCCAGAAAAGGCCGAUCUUCUCUGCACUAUCACCUUACACGAUGCAACAGACCCUCUCCCGAAUGGUCUCCGGUUUAGCAUAUGUCUACCGUCCUCCGUGGACUCCGUUAGGCUCCGAAAGCUCUAUGAUGCCGCCGAUCUUCACCUCAUCCUUCAGGCCUCCACGCAGGUGCAACAAUUUGCGAAGUUGUCGCAUCGAGAGCAGGAAGACGAAGCAUCACUCACUACCUUGGCCAAUUAUAUGAGAAAGAAUCUCUUGUUCACAUAUGCCCAUCUAUACCUGGACAAUAUUGCAGUCGCUCUGCUAUUGGUGUUUCCAUCAGCAUCAUCGGAAAUUUGUGCUCUUCUGAGGGUUCCGUCGGAGAUAGCGAAUGGUGCCGCUCUUGUAGCGGCUCUUAUUCCAUGGGUGUUGACGGCUAGUGAAUACGAAGCUGCGUCUUGGCGUAAGCCUAGGUCAAAACUUCACACCCAGUCUUUAGGCAACGAACCGUACGGCAUUUGUCGCAAGAUCUUAAAUGAUCCCAUGUUGGAACGCUCCCUUCGGAUGCUCAACUUUUCGAAGCCGUUGCGUGAGUUUAUGUCCCAACCGAAUCGACCAUACUGUAUCUGGUGCUCGCCUGCCGAAGGUGAUCCAUCCCUUCCAGCACUGGAGACAGCCUCUUUGCGGACGAUUUUGAACAAAUGCAAGGCAGUUGACGUUGGAACGAAGAAGGAUGUUCGUGCUAUCUUUGUGCACGUUGGUGCUCUCGCGUCUUUGCGCAAACUACCUGCUCUGGCUCUGAGACGCCAGAAAAGGCCGGAUUUACGGUUCCUGACUUACGGUACUCACGAAACUGUGCCUCCGGAGCGUUGGGGUAUUCGUGAAAUUUAUCCCUUGGGGGGCGUCGUGACUUUCACUCCGUGCGCCAUCAUUGAAGAUCUGCUGGGAGUACUUGAACUGAUCAAGAAGCUCAACGAGCAUCCUUUGUGGGACUGUUAUGUGCUACCAUCAGUGGUGGCAAUGGUGGCAAAGUUAACAUGCCAGGGCCAAUCUCCCCUGUCCCUGUUUGACCGCGGGGAGUUGAUAUUCGACGAAUUGCUUGAUCUCAUAGCGGGAGGGAAGGUUUCCCUGCUCCAGGCACCGCCUCUGACCCGUCAGCCUCAACGUGAUAAUGAUUCGGCCCUUCGCUGGAUCAGCUGGCAGUUCCGGAUACUGAGCUCGGACGCUCGUGUCAUCCUGGAAGAAAGCAUUAAAUUAGCCGUGGAGCUGUACAGGAUACCGGAAGCCGAGCUUCCACUACAAAUUGAGAAAGAGAUUGAGCAAGAUAUGCUCAGCAUGCAGCUGCAGCCAGCGAUCAUGGAUGGAUAUCGACGCUUCGUGGUCAUUCAUGGAGGAGGGGACCGUCAUCUCGUCAACGAGGAUCAUGCGAUUGAAUGCGUCAGACUCUCGAAUUUCGACUUCAAGGAUGAUUACUUCCUGAAAGCAUCGAGCAAUGAUAACGCGUCGGGGAAGACUUAA